GAGAAUAAGGAAGUCAUCCAGAAUAGCACGGUAAAAGGAAAAGUUCCUUUAACAUGUUACGGCUUAAAUAAUGUCUUAAUCAGAAUAAAGCAUACCAGGAUGGUGAAUUCGGGUGUUUGUUGUGGCAGUCUGAAGGAUGAUAAGAUCCUUAUGAAGAUGGGCUUGGGGCUGGUGCUGGUAGGCCAUGUGAACUUUUUGCUGGGGGCACUUGUACACGGAGCUGUGCUUGGGCACAUAAAGGUGCUCACUGGGGGCCGAAAACUCGUGUACCCAAUCUCCAAUGUCACCGCUCUUGUUGCGGGGCUUGUGGCAAUUAUUGGUGGGAUCUCUGCUACUGUCCUCUCCAAGAACAAGAAAAACAAGCUGCUGAGUUGGUUUUUACUAGUUGUGAGUGUUCUGGCUGUUCUCUUGGGCAGCGCCUCUGCAGUGGGCAUCAGUAUGGCCACAGUGAGGGCCAUAAUGCAGGAGGGGCAUAGUCUCUUUGCCCACUGCAAACUUCCAGCCAACAUGAGUUACUACAGCAUCACAAAUGAAUGCCCUUUUGACCCCACACGCAUCUAUGGUACAACAUUAGUCCUGUGGUUUCCAUUGAUUCUGAUGUCAGUGGUAGAAGUUGUGUUCUCUUGCCGCUGUUUCUCGGCCUGCACCUCCUUCCUCCGCUUGCGCUGCCCAUGGAGGAAAAAUUUUGUGUACUCUAGAAGGGUAAACUAGAACUUAAUGCAGUUUUACUGCAAUAUUUCACAUUUUAUUCUAAAUUGAAUGGAGUCAUUUAAAAUAGAAAUCAGAACAGAAUGCAGACGUGCUAGAUAUGUGAUGAUUUUAAGGAUUUAAUUAUGGAGGACAAAACCUGCAAAAAUAAUAAAUAAAUGUAAUAAUAAGAAAUUAAUUAAAGGAAUAAAUGUCUUGAUAAAACAAAUAUAAUUAAUUUUUAAUGAAAGUUAUUCCUGAAUGUAUUUUUG